CCCCGGCCGCGCGCCCUUAAAGGGGCCGGUGAGGGGGUUCAGAGCCCCCACACGGGCGGUGGCGCCUGAGGGGGGAGGAGGUUGUGGCGCGGUGUGUUCUCGGCUAUGGAGAAAUACGAGGUGCUGGAGCAGCUCCAGCCUGGGGCACUGGGCACUAUGCUGGAAGCUGAACUGAAAACAGGAAAGGGUGCCCAGAAGAAAUAUAUGAUAAAGCAGGUUGAAUGCAUUGAUCAAUACCAAGCAAGUGAGGCCUUGAAGGAGGCAAAGGAUUUGCUAAAACUUUGUCAUUCAAACAUCUGUAUUUACAAGGAAUUGUUUUUGACUUGGAAUAAUGAGGUAUCAUCUCUGUUCCUCUGCCUGGUGAUGCAGCACUCAGGCCAAGGAGAUCUUUCAGCUCUAAUCAGGGAAAAAAGGCAGAAGUCAGAAAAGAUAAGAGACGUGGUGGUUCAGAGGCUCCUGGGACAGAUGGUGGAUGCUUUGUUUUAUACACACCAACAAAAUAUUUUGCACAGAAAUAUCAAGCCAUCAAACAUACUCGUGACUGGUGAAGCCUCCUUCAUGCUUAGUGACUUCAGUACAGAAACACUUAUGAAAGAUGAGCUGAAAUGGAAAAUAAGAGUGGAAGAAAGUAGCAAGUCUUGGAUGGCUCCAGAAACAUUUGGAUUUUCUUUCACUGAGAAAUCUGACAUCUGGUCUCUGGGCUCUGUUCUGCUCGAUGUGAUGACCUGCUUUGCUCUGAAGGCAGAAGAGAUAACUUCCUUACUGCAGGAUAUCCGAGGGGAUAGCAGCUGUCUGGAGGGAGCCCUGACCCUGGUGCAAAAUGCAGAUAACACCUAUUUGCCCUUAUUUCCAGUUGUAUGUAUGAUGCUACAGAUUGAGCCCAGCAUGAGACCCUCAGCAAAGGAUCUGGUCGAUGUUCCAUUUGUUAGGGAAUGCCUGACUUUUGUUGGUGACACUUCAGUAGUACUGAAAAAGUCUUUGCCUCCCAAAAUAACAGAUCUGCUCCUUGAGGGAGGAAUUGGAAGUGUUCUAGCAUUCAUGCAGGCUUCCUGGGAUGUUGAAGAAGUCCAGGCUAAAGGCAUUCAGCAGCUUGCCAGUUUUGUAAAGGAUAAAAGUGCCUUCCCCCAGCUGUUAAAAUGCACAGAAGUGAUCACUUUUGCCAUGAAGACUCAUGUAACUUCUCUCAAGUUACAACUAGAUGGCUGCACGUUAUUGCUUGAAAUUCUUAGUCAAGCUCUGGAACAGGGUGUGGUGAUGGCCCUGGAUGAGAGAGUGGCCAGCUGCCUGUUGGCCACAGUGAGAAAACACUCUGGAAAUGAAGAGUUACUUUCGUUGCUCUGCACGUUUUUAAUGAUGGUUUCAGCCAGUGAAGUGACUGCAGAGAAUCUGAGGAAAGUUGGGAUAAUUCCAGACCUUCUGUCAAUUUUAAGGCGUUUUCUUCAUAAUGAGGAGAUCUGCUUCUCUUGCUGUGGGGUUCUCUGGAGCUUGGCUGUGAGUGGUAACUCAGAGAAUAAUGAAGACCAAGCAGUGCUGGAAGGUGCUGUCCCUGUCACCUCUGCAGUCCUUCAGAAACACCUCCAGAACGGAGCAAUCGCAGAGUCCGCUUGCUCGGCUUUGUGGGCACUGUCACUCCAAGGCUGUUUAACUGACAGUGACUAUGAACCCACAACAGCACUUUUGCUGGAGGCACUGAGGAUGAACCCAGAAAGAGCAAUGCUCAUGAAGAAUGGCUGCCUGGCACUAGCCAGCUUCAUAAGGGUGUCUGGACUGGAAGAGGAAAUUGUGAAAGUGGGGUUGGGACUUUAAUUUUUCCAUGAACCAGAGAGUUUGUGGACUCCUUGUGCCUGGAGGUGUUCCAGGCCAGGCUGGAUGGGACUUGGAGCAACCUGGAAUAGUGGAAGGUGUCCCUGCCCAUGGCAGGGCAUUGGAACGAGAGGAUCUUUAAGGUCCCUUCCAACCCAAACCAUUCUGUGAUUCCAUGAACCCAGUAUUAGAUCAGAACAGUCUGAUCUAUUAGUAACUUGAGUGCUUUGGUAGUUAUUUUAUGAUGGUGUUUCAACUGUGUGAAAGGGUAGAUAUCAAUCAAUGUGAAAACAAGAAACAUCAAAAUCACUUCUGCCAUGCACGACAGUGUCAGCUGCAAACAUGGUCUACUUGUUGCCCAAAUAUGCUUCAGAAUAGUUUUUAGGGAGACUGAAAAUAAUGGGCAGGAUUUUCUGAACAUAUGACAUGUGUGCUAGCUGGUGAGGGGUCUGGGAAGCAGAUCAUGCAGUCUGCAGCUACCAAUGAGCCCAGCAGUGUUUGUCUUCCUUCCAGAAAUAGCAGCUUUGACAUUUAUAACGGACUCGAAAGGCAGUGGAAUAGAACUGAUCAAAGAUGUUUAUCACCUUCACUUUGACAAUUCAGGAGUGGUGGGAGCUCUCUGUCUGCUGAUGAAGGAGAUGGCU